GUCUCUCACAUGUGUACACACACCGAAGCUAGUGAUGGCUUCAAAAAAGGAAAAAAAAUCCGCAAAUACAUCUGUGUCGGAAGAAAGCGCCGAUAAAAACCAGGAGGGAAAGCGUGAGCUGUGUCCUGGUUUCAAAGAUGUCGACAGCUUUGUUAAACAUGGACUCUGCGCUGUGUUGUCAGCCACCAAAGCCUCAGCUGGACUGCCUCAAGCUGGAGAUGAAUUUGAUUUUUAUCGUAGCUUCCCACUCUUCCGCGAGUUCUGUGACAGCCAGGGAGAUAAACUACUGCAGUGCAUGAGUCAGAUCAUGCUGCACCACAACUGCAGAUCUCAUGUGAGAGACUCUAACAAGCUGACCGGCCUGGAAGAGAGAUUUGACCUGGUGGUUGAUUCAAACGAUGUCAUCCUUGAGAAAGUGGGGAUCCUCCUUGAUGAAGCCGAUGGUGUCAACCGGAGCCAGCAGCCUGUCAUGCCUGCAGGCUUCCAGCCUCCCAAGAUUGUUGUUUCCAGCUGGAACCGCAAGGGCUCAAGUUCUGACGGCCGUGCUGGGACUUUCAAGCUGCUCCAUGCGAAGAACAUCCAGAGGCCUCAGCUGAAAUUUAAGGAGAAAAUUGACAACAGCAACACGCCGUUUAUUCCCAAAAUCUUUGUGAAGCCCAACGCAAUGAAACCCCUUCCCUCGUAUUUUACCAGCAAAAAUACUUGUAGAGACAAACCAGGGGAUGGAGACGUCCCAGCUGCACUGGCUGACUUCAUCCACCAGCAGAGGACACAGGAGCAUGUGGAAGACAUGUUUGCUCACCCGUACCAGUACGAACUGGAUCACCUGACUACUCCAGAAAACCUUUUGUGCAAACCGGAGCCUCAGAUGUACAGAUCCAUUUCUGAAACCAGCUGCAGCUUCAUCGACACGCUCGAGGAUCUGGUGGCUCUCAACGAGAAGCUCUGCAAGUUGCCAGAGUUUGCUGUGGAUCUCGAGCAUCAUUCUUACAGGAGUUUCCUGGGAAUCACAUGUCUGAUGCAGAUCUCCACCAGAGAAGAAGACUUCAUCAUUGACACCUUGGUGCUCCGCAGCGAGAUGUAUAUCCUGAAUGAGUCUUUCACAGACUCCAACAUUGUUAAAGUGUUUCAUGGGGCUGACUCAGACAUCGAGUGGCUUCAGAAGGACUUGGGUUUGUAUGUGGUCAACCUCUUCGACACCCACCAGGCCAGUCGAGCCCUGAACCUGGCCCGGCACUCGCUGGACCACCUGAUGAAGCAUUACUGCAGCAUGGACACCGACAAGCGCUACCAGCUGGCGGACUGGAGGAUCCGACCCUUGCCGGAGGAGAUGGUGCAGUACGCCCGGUCAGACACCCACUACCUCCUGUACAUCUACGACUGCAUGCGAGCACAGCUGCUGGACUUCAACCACGGACAGCCAGGUCUGCUGCAGAGCGUGUGGAAUAAAAGCAGAGACAUUUCCCUGAAGAAAUACAUCAAGCCAAUAUUCACUGAGGAGUCGUAUUUGGAGCUGCUGAGGAAGCAGAAGAAGACCUUUAACACGCAGCAGCUUGCUGCCUUCAGACUGCUGUUCGCCUGGAGGGACAAACUGGCCCGGCAGGAAGAUGAAAGCACUGGAUAUGUGCUGCCCACUCACAUGAUGAGCAAGAUAUCAGAGGAGCUGCCAAAAGAGCCUCAGGGCAUCAUCGCCUGCUGCAACCCUGUCCCCCCUCUGGUUAGGCAGCAGGUCAACGAGCUUCAUUUGCUGGUGCAGGAGGCCAGAGAGAUCCCUCUGCUCAAGGCCGAGAUCGCAGCUCAGAAGAAGAAAGGCUUGACACCGAUCAGAAGGCCUGAGACCCUUCUGUUUGGCCCUCACGAUACAUCUAAAGUUUCGGAAGAUAACCUCUCUUUCUCAGUUGAUGAAAUGCCGGUCAAGCAAGGAACCCUCUUUUCAGAAGAUGAGCAGAAGAUGGACGUUGAAGUGCAGAUCCCAAGUGGUCUUGUCGCGUCGGCUAAAAUCACAUUGUUUGAAGAGCCAGAAAGACAGGUCGAUGGAGAUUCUCUCUCGGUGACUCAAACCAAAGCCAGACAAAUCAAUGAGUCUUUUGAAAACCCGUUUAGAAUGUAUCUCCCAACCAGAGAUGUGCACAUCAGCAAGAACGCAAAGUUUGACCCUUCCUCUAAAAUAUUUGAGAUAAGUAAGCGGUGGAAACUCCAGACAUUGGAGCAGCAGCAGCAGGAGCUGGAGGCCAAACAAAAAGCCAAGAAGGAAGCAAAACUACAAGCAAAGAAAGCUGCGGGAGAGAGAAAGAAGACAACUGAAACCUACCAGCAGUCGCUGCAGAACGUUGCCAGCGUCCGCCAGCAGGCGUUGGAGUUUGCAAAAGACAACGAGAAGAAGAGAGAACGGAUCCCCAGUGAGGUCGGAGAGUCCACACCGAAAGCAAAGAAGAAGCUGAAGAAAUCUUCAGAGGAACCUGAAGCGGCCUCCCAAGAGGAGUUCAAGCCGUUCGACUACAGUCAGUCCGACCUCAAAGUCUUCUCCGGUGGCAAAUCAAACGACAACAGACACUUUGAUCCAAAUCGGCGAAGUCAUGGUUUCAAGAAAAAGCAGAAAGUUGCGAAAGGACAAAAGCUCAAUCAGGUCGCUGGAAAUCGAAGUAUGUCGUACCUUCCUGAGAAGUCUGCAAGUAAAACAUAUGGAAACGUCUUGGUUCUUGAUGGAGUGAUCCAGUGCACCGAAAGGGAUGAAUUUGCCUACCAAGAGAUGAUCGCCAACCUUCCUCUGUGCAGCCACCCCUGUCCUAAGAAGGUGCUGAUUAUCGGUGGUGGGGACGGCGGCGUGCUGAGAGAAGUGGUGAAGCAUCCUCUGGUGGAGUCCGUGGUUCUGUGUGAGAUUGAUGAGGACGUCAUCAAUGUCUCCAAAAAGUUCCUCCCGGCGAUGGCCAAGGGAUUCUUCGACCCAAAACUUAGCUUACAUGUAGGAGAUGGGUUUGAAUUCAUGAAGAAGAACCAAGACGCUUUUGACAUCAUCAUCACAGACUCCUCGGAUCCCGUCGGCCCAGCCGAGAGUUUGUUCAAAGAGACGUACUACCAGCUCAUGAAGACGGCCCUGAAGAAAGACGGAAUUCUCUGUUCUCAAGGAGAGUGUCAGUGGCUCCAUUUAGAGUUGAUAAAGGAGAUGCAGACCUUCUGCAAGACCCUGUUCCCUGUGGUGGACUACGCCUACACCACCAUCCCCACUUAUCCCAGCGGGCAAAUUGGAUUCAUGCUGUGCAGUAAAAAUCAUGAAACACAUUUCCAGAAACCAGUGAAGGAAUUGUCCGACGAGGAGCGGGAAAGCAUGCAGCUUAAAUAUUACAACACAGACAUCCACAAAGCUUCGUUCGUUCUGCCAGAGUUCGCAAGGAAGGUUCUCAAUGAAGCAUGAUGUGCUCUCACGUGUCGCUCCUGCUCCGAGCACUCGGACCACAGACGCACCUUCAUUUGAAACGUCUCAACAACAGGUGGCAGUCAGCGCUGCCUCUUGUUGCCUGCAGGCUGUGAAGCCGGACAGUUUCCCACCAGUCGCUUCGUUCCAAUAUCGUAACCUCAUCCUGAUUUUUGUCCUGUGGACCUGGGCGGAGUGGGAGAAGCACUACCAUCAAUUCUGACCUCAGAGAAUUUUUUGGUUUUGUUUUAAGUUUGCGUUUAAUAUUGAAGACAUCAUUUUACUGUGUGAACUUGCAUCAUGAUCCGUGUCAUUCAUUCUCUGCCACCGUCUCCUCUGAAACCACGCCCUCUUGUGCCUGAAAUUAUUACUGUUGUCCCUUUAAUCCAUGAAGCUGGAGCUCAGCAGUUAUAUGGGUAUUUAAUAAGAUUUUAAGAAUUCGUCCUGCAGCUCAAACUUAAGUCGUAGUUUGUUGAAAUGCUGUAACAAGUCCAGUGUCAUGCCGUUCUGUGAAAACCUGCAUUUUUUUUUUUAAAUUAAGUAUAUUAACUAUAAUAAAUCUGUACACAGCGGG